AUUGGAAUAGGUUUUAUAAUAAAAAUAGCGCUUUUUAGGGUAGCUCACCUCGCGAAUGGGUGGGGCCCACACUUCGUUUUUACCGUUUUUACGUCUCAACAUAAAAGUGAAUUUCGGUAGCGCAACAUAAAGUUUCGGUGUGUGUAGAGACAGCGUCACAAAAAAAAGAAGGCAGAAAAAUCUCAUUCGACUCGGGCGUGCUGUGGAAAUGUGGUGAAUUUUGUGCGCGUAGUUGCUGAGGAAAUAAAAUCUUUCUGUUUAAAAGAACUGGAAGGAACUCCCCGCUGUUUAUAAGCAACGUCAAGCCAACAUACGGGCGCCCCCAGCUGCCCCAUUUGUGCCAAAUAAAACGCCAUCAACUUUGUACAACCGUAUAGGUUUGGCCGUGUCAAUCAAACGACUGCUUUUGGAAAACUGUCCCGCACCAGCCCCUAUCGUCAUCAACUCUGCGACACGGACGCAAGUGGCUUGCAGUGGCCGCUCAGCCCUCAACUUCCAGCGUUACGCUACCAAUCAAGCACAAUCAGCACAAGAAAUAGCACAAAAAACAUCAAAUGGCCAUCAAAGGUUGCUGCUCGGUGGUGAAGUACCUGGUGGUACUGGUGAACCUGCUGUUCCUGGUUGUCGGUUUGCUCAUCGUCUCGCUCGCCAUCUGGAUGUUGUCCGAUCCGACGUUCCUGAUCUCGAUGACGCAGAAUGAGACGCACUACACGAUCGGCCUGUACAUAUUUCUGGCCGUCGGUGGGCUUAUGCUGGUGGUCGCCUUUCUCGGUUGCUGCGGCGCAUUCAAGGAAUCCCAAUGGAUGCUCACCUCCUUCUUCUGCUGCUUGCUGAUGGUGCUGGUGGCGGAACUGGCGGCCGGUUUUUGGGCCUUCCAAAACUCUACCAAGCUGGACGAUGUGGUGCGCUCGGCCGUGAAGGAUUCGGUGCAGACACAGUACGGUGUGAUUCCCGCUCGUACCGCUACACUCGACGCUAUUCAGAAGCACUACCAAUGCUGCGGUGCCGAAGGCCCAAACGAUUGGCAGUCCAGCGCCUACAAUAACGUGGAAAGACCGACGCCCAGCAUUGAGCUAGGUAAGCUACCGAUAAGCUACAACGUGCCGGAAACGUGCUGUAGCUCGCACAUCUCACCCGAAGAAUGCAAAGCUGCCCGCCGAAUUGAAUAUGCGACUACGGCCAAACCGACGAAAAUAUUUGCCGAUGGCUGCAUGGAGAAGCUGGUCGACGCGAUUCGGAAAAACAUGAAAACAAUCAGCUACGUAGGUGCUGCGAUCGUUUGCAUCGAGCUGUUGACGCUGAUUCUGUCCCUGCUGCUGUGCUGUGCAAUUCGCCGAAACGAACACUAUAAACACUGAGCGGAUACGGGGCUGCUGCUGUAAACCCCGUGCCUGGUCAUUCUUAUCUGCUCCGUUUAUUCUCUGGCGUGUAGCAACGGUUCUACUGAUGUAUUACAGCCAACUCAUUCGAAUCUUAUUUACUUAACGAAUCUGACGGUGUAGAUUUUCUAACGUAACAACAAGGCCAUGACAAUGUGUUUGAUUUAACUAAUCAUUAGGAUAAUGAUAUACUCUUUGUUAACAUUCAUAUUCAUAUACAAGCGUAUUAUUUUAAUUUUUUAACACAUCAUUCAACAUAUUCCUAAGUAGGAUGAACGAAUGGUGCACGCCAAAGCCAAAUAUGAAAAUGCAUAUAAAUGAAGUUAAAAAAACACAAGAAAAUCAUUGAGAACUCGCCGAAAACCUGACUGCCAGACAGUUUGCAAAACCAAUUAUUUAUAAUAUUAUUACACGGCAUUUAAAGAAUCUACUAAAAGAAGCGCUCAUAUUUUUUUUUAAUUAAGGUGUAUCCUUUUAUGGUAGUAUUUUACAACAGUGGCCGCCAUAAGUAAAUGCCCCCCUCCGGUUUUUUUUUAUUUCCGUCUAUGAAGCCUUCUUUUUGCUUCUGGUAACUUAUAUCUGUACAAAUUCAAAAGUUUAAGCAUAGUUUUGGCUGAUAAACAAAAGCCUAUUAGCGUAUGUACUCUUGCACAACGAAAUAUAGUUAGUUCCGGCGUUUUCUUAAUCUCUGGAAUGUUUUUUCACUUAUUUGAUUAACCGUCUUCCCCCCUGAAAUGAAGAUGGGCUUUUAUUUAUGACGGCCAGUGUACCUAGUUCAAUCCGCUCUAUCUAUGCCUAAGAAAUUCUCUCGUUUGCUGCAGUUCGCAGAGUACAGCCUGGCAUAUUAGGUAGCCCUGUAGGCACAAUCACAAGCGGGUGCCAAGCGUGAAUGCUAACAGUUUUCCGCAACGGCGAAAAAGGAGUUAUAUACCGCCAAUUGACUUAAGAAAAAGCUUUUUGUUUUCAGUAAAGCAUAAAGAUUAAAUAAAUAUAUGUCUACUUUCUAACUUUA